ACUAACUCAACCUAAAUAAAAUGAGCAAAACACAGUAACUGUAGCGUGCGAUCCAACGAAGUGUAUAUCAUGUGUGGUGGAUCGAAGGUUAACGAGAGAACAUUCUAACUAACUUUCAAUUAGAUGCGGAGUAACGAAUUAACACGAAAAUCAGGAAUUACAGUGGAAAUGUAAAAGUGUUAUUGGGCUUUCACUAAAUCAUUGGAUGGAACGUCUGGAUAUAGCACAGUGCUGCUGCCUUUACGAUGAAUGAAGGAUCAUUGUCUACUGACAUUACUUACAGAAGAUAAGGACACUUUCUUUAUGUUUUUGUUGUUGCAGGUAUCUGAACUGGGUCGUCAUUCUCAGUCCUCAUGGCAUUCUCUACUAUGCGAGCUGAUAUCAUGUUGAUAACUAACGUUAGAACCAUAAGAAAAAAUGUGCACGAGACUUCUGAAAACUGUAUUCAGUCAGUGAAGUGUGGAAAUAGCUUCUAAUGGCCAUUAUAAGUCAUACUUUAGAAAUUAUUUUGAUUGGAAACUAAUCAUAUCGUUGAGUAGAAAUUUUAGUAGAAGUUUCUACUCUAUUCUCAGUGAACUAAGUUAUUUAAAAAAAAUGGUUGAACCAGUGGGUUUUGUGGAGGCUUGGAAAGCCCAGUUCCCGGAGUCAAAUCCCCCAAACAUGGAGCUGAAAUCAUUGGGGGAUGUUGAGCAGGAGCUGGAGAAAUGCAAGGCAUCUAUCAGGCAGCUGGAGUUGGAGGUGAACAAGGAGCGCUUUCGGAUGAUCUACCUGCAGACGUUACUGGCCAAGGAGAGGAAGGCAUAUGAUGGACAGAGAUGGGGCAUCAAGAGGAUGUCCCUAAUGAAUAUUGGAGACCAAUCCAGUGUUUCAGACACCCGGAGAUCCCACUUAGAUGAGCCUUCAUUGGAGGAGCAGCCAGGAGAGGCAGUUGACACAGGGUGUAAACAGUAUCCAGAGGGAGAGGUGGAUGGGGUGUCUCCCUCCAAACAGAGUGGUGGCUUCUCCCCUCACAGGUCGACAGCGGGUCCUCCAGACACACAUCUGGACAGGGUAGGCAUGGGCUCAGUAGCAGCACUGAGGUCCAACUUUGAGCACAUCAAGAGAGCCAACUCUCACACGGCAGGAGAUGGGAAAGGGGUUGGUGGGACAGAGAGACCCUUCUACGUGAACAUGGAGUACCACCAUGAGAGAGGCCUCGUGAAGGUCAAUGACAGGGAGGUCUCAGACAAGAUCAGCAGCCUGGGCUGCCAGGCCAUGCAAAUGGAGCGGAAGAGGUCCCUGCACUCCCUGCCCGGGAACCUAUCCACUGCGACGGGGGAGAUCCGCAAAUCUGUCCUCCGAGGCAGAUCCACAGAGGGCGGCUUUGGCUACAAUGGGCUGUAUGAUGAUGCAGCAGAGGUGAACCCACAUUUCUUCAAGGACAGUGUGAGCCGUUCCAAUGGGGGGAGACAACCGGCAGACUGUCAGCCCUACACCAGUGUGUAUGUCGGGGGGAUGAUGGGGGAGGGGAGGAUCAUCCACAUCAGGGACCACAGUGUGGAGGAGGACUCCCACCUCACCUGGCCAAGGCGCUCCUACUCACCGGGGAGUUUUGACGAUGUUGGGGGCGGCUACACCCCAGACUGCAGCUCCAAUGAGAACCUGACGUCCAGCGAGGAGGACUUCUCCUCUGGCCAGUCAAGUCACGUGUCCCCAAGUCCCACAACCUAUCAUAUGUACAGACCGAAGAGCCGCUCUCCGUCCCAGAUUUCCCAGCAGUCCUUUGACAGCAGCAGCCCACCCACCCCUUUGUCUCAGAAACGUCUGAAGCAGCAAGUGUUGGUGUCCGAGGCCUCCAUCGUGGGUGUCCGUAAAACAGGUCAGAUCUGGCCCGACGAUGGGACCUCCACUACGUCUAGUAGGACCUCGCAUGACAACAGUCUCCAUGGAGAUCUGGAAGCCCCCUACAGUGGGACCCCUCCUUCCUAUGGAUAUCUGGAGCAGACAGAGGAGCACCAGCAGCACCAUGACCUCCAGCCUUUCAGCACCUCGCCCUCCUCCUCACCUCGCCUCCGCUCCAAGAGCCGCAGCAGCCGGGACACGCACUCAUCUGGCUCCCUGGAGUUCGCCUUGUCGACAGAGCUGGAUCAGGAGAAAGAGUUGGAGAUGCGGAAAUGGGUUCUGUCAGGGAUCUUAGCCAGUGAGGAGAUGUAUCUCAGCCACCUGGGGGCUAUCUUACUGCCCAUGAAGCCUCUGAGGGCAGCGGCCACCACCUCCCAGCCAAUGCUGACCAUCCAGCAGAUAGAGACCAUCUUCUUCAAGGUGACAGAGCUCCAUGAGAUCCACAAGGACUUCUACGAUGCCCUGCUACCCAGAGUUCAGGAGUGGAGCCACAACCAGUGUGUGGGCGAUCUCUUCCAGAAACUGGCUAGCCAGCUGGGGGUGUACAGGGCCUUUGUGGAUAACUACAAGGUUGCUGUGGAGACGGCAGACAAGUGCUGCCAGGCCAACGUACAGUUUGCUGAAAUAUGUGAGAAUCUUAAGGUCAGAAGUUCCAAGGAAUGCAAAGACCAGGCCAAAAAUUCACUGGAAACUCUGCUUUACAAACCAGUGGACAGAGUCACCCGCAGCACCCUGGUUCUGCAUGACCUGUUAAAACACACCCCCUCCAGCCACCCAGACUAUCCACUGCUGCAGGACGCCCUGAGAAUCUCCCAGAACUUCCUCUCCAGCAUUAAUGAGGAGAUCACCCCACGCAGGCAGUCCAUGACAGUGAAGAAGGGAGAGAACCGUCAGCUGAUGAGGGACUGCUUCAUGGUGGAACUGGUGGAGGGAUCUAGAAAGCUACGCCACGUCUUCCUCUUCACAGACUUACUACUAUGUGCCAAGCUGAAGAAACAGACUGCAGGGAAAGGCCAGCAGUAUGACUGCAAGUGGUACAUUCCGCUGUCAGACCUCACCUUCCAGACCAUCGAGGACUCUGAGGCCACGCCCAUCCCCCAGGUCCAGGAAGAGGAGAUUGACGCCAUGAAGAUCAGGAUCUCACAGAUCAAGAACGAGAUACAGAGAGAAAAGAGAACCACUAAAGGAGGGAAAGCAAUAGAGCGUUUUAAGAAGAAGCUGUCGGAGCAGGAGUCUCUGCUGCUGCUUAUGUCCCCCAGCAUGGCCUUCAGAGUGGCCCACAGGAACGGCAAGGGCUUCACAUUCCUGAUCUCCUCUGAUUAUGAGCGUGCGGAGUGGAGGGAGAUCAUCCGCGAGCAGCAGAAGAAGUGUUUCAAGAGCUUCUCUCUGACCUCCCUGGAGCUGCAGAUGCUCACUAACUCAUGUGUGAAGCUUCAGACGGUCCAUACUAUACCAAUGACCAUGAAUAAAGAAGAAGACGAAUCCUCUGGACUCUAUGGUUUUCUGAAUGUCAUUGUUCAUUCUGCAUCAGGACUCAAACAGAGUUUGAAUCUCUACUGCACUCUGGAGGUGGAUUCCUUUGGCUACUUUGUGAACAAAGCCAAGACACGUGUGUACAGAGACUCCACAGAACCCAACUGGAACGAGGAGUUUGAGAUUGAGCUGGAGGGAUCUCAGACUCUAAGGUUGCUGUGUUAUGAGAAGUGCUACAACAAAGCCAAGCAAAACAAGGAGGACGGAGAGAACACUGACAGGAUCAUGGCCAAAGGACAGAUACAGCUGGAUCCUCAGACGCUACAAACCAAAGACUGGCAAAGAACAGUCAUCACCAUGAACGGGAUUGAGGUGAAGCUGUCAAUGAAGUUCACCAGCAGAGAGUUCAGUCUGAAGAGAAUGCCCUCGCGGAAACAGUCAGGCGUGUUUGGAGUGAAAAUCAGUGUUGUAACCAAACGGGAGCGGUCUAAGGUGCCCCUCAUCGUGAAGCAGUGUGUAGAGGAGAUCGAGCGCCGGGGCAUGGAGGAGGUAGGAAUCUACCGGGUCUCAGGGGUGGCAACAGACAUCCAGGCCCUGAAGGCUGCAUUUGAUGCCAACAAUAAGGAUGUGUCGGUGAUGAUGAGUGAGAUGGAUGUGAAUGCCAUUGCUGGAACGCUGAAGCUGUAUUUCCGUGAGCUGCCGGAACCUCUUUUCACAGAUGACCUGUACCCAAACUUCGCUGGAGGAAUCGCCCUGUCAGACAGUGUGGCUAAGGAGAGCUGUAUGCUGCACCUGCUGCUGUCACUCCCAGAACCCAACCUGGUCACCUUCCUAUUCCUGCUGGAUCACCUGAAGAGGAUUGCUGAUAAUGAGAGCGUUAAUAAGAUGUCUUUUCACAACCUGGCCACGGUCUUUGGUCCAACCCUGCUCCGCCCAUCUGAGAAAGACAGCAAGAUCCCAGCCAAUGCCACGCAACCCAUCACUAUGAAUGACAACUGGUCACUGGAGGUUAUGUCACAGGUACAGGUCCUACUGUAUUUCCUUCAGCUUCAGAGCAUCCCAACGCCGGACAGCAAACGUCAAAGCAUCCUCUUCUCCACUGAAGUAUAGCGAGAGCAUGGACAUUUCCAUCUGUGAAAAACGGAGGGAGGAAGAAGUGGACAAAAGUAUGCCUUCCAUGGUAAAUUGUAGGCUGCUGGAGCUAAUGAACACUGGCUGGAUUACAGGGCACCUGCUCUAUAUGGCCCACCAGAGGGAGUCAACAGCACAUUUCAGAUUGGAUCAAAUACAGUACUUUAUGAUUAUGAUCAUCCUUAUCUUGCUGACCUUAAAACUGUCUUACAUCAAACACAAAAAGCCAUUUAAUAUGGUCAAAGAACAGACCAUUCCUUUAUUUGGUUUUUAAUUUAAAAAAUAUUGUUAGCAGAUGAAGUGAGGCAAAUUGUCAUCUCCAUGAUCCCUCACAUUAAGUGUGCUGAGCACUUACAGAUAGUGUGUCAAAAUCCUUUACCUAUCUGACAAUCAACUCAUUUUAGAGGCACUGGUGAGAACAAUUAUCAAAAUGGUAAGAUGGUUACAGUUCUUAUUGUGGCAUAAGGCUUGUUUUGUAAAUUGUUGGCACAAGUGAGGGUUACAAACUCCAAUCUUUCCCUGCUGAAGCCCAUUGUAGGAAAAUGUGUAUUCACCAGGUGUUUAUGCGUAUGCUCUCUUUAUUUAGUAAGGAAUGUGAGACUGAUCAAACUUAUGUAGGUAUAUUUAACAUGCAGGCAUGUUGACUUAAAUGUGUUUUGUAGUACUUUUCUCUUCAAAUAACUGCUGUUUGUGAGUUUCUGUUUAAAGAUUUCUGGGAGGUUGUACUUAGUUAAACAGUGGACCUCAACCAUAUCUCAGAAUCGUGUUUUUUGUUCAUUAGCUUAUAGGGACUUGAAAGCUGGAUACUGCUAAAUCUAUGUUGUAAGACCAGCAGCAUUAAGUAGUAGGCUGAAAUGUUUAAGUACAAUUAUGACAGUCCUACAUUUUCCUUAAGAAUUUAUAUUUUGAUCUUAUUCAAUUAGAGAUCAUUUGUCUGAACACACCACCCCUUUACUGGAGGAAUUUAGUUUUUUUUUUUUUUUCAGAUGGGUUAAAAUCAAAGACUAUUCAGUGCUGUCACGUGGAAAUUAGACAGGAAUACAACUGAUAAGCUUUGGCUCUUUAUUCAAUUUUAUUGGUAGCCUACCUUGGUAGUGCUCCACUAAUAUCCAAAUCUCCUGGGUAUGAAAACAAAUAAUGGGCAUUGUGAAGGGCACCAUUGUCUUCUGUUGUGUUAUUUUGUUUCUAGCUAAAUAUAUAAAGGGUUUAUUGUUCUCUGCCUGGUGAGCUGUAACUUUGAAAGCCCUUAAAAAUGUAUCUGUGCUUGCAAAAUGAAAAUAAUUCCAAAUGUUUACAGAUAUCUGAAUUAAGAUGUUAAGAUAUGAUACCAUUAGCACAUAUGAAACUGUUAGGCUAACUGACUGUUUGUAGUCUAACAGCAAUCACUUAAUUUACAUUUUUUUCAUUUCAGACAGUUGUAGUCAUUAUCCCAAGAAAGUCUAAUUUAUGUAGCUACAAUAAAGAGUUGAUUCACA